AUUUUCCAGAGGUUCCUUAAAUCACUGCUCUAUCGUAACCUCUCGGGAGCUGUUCUGACCAAGGCUUCCGAGACCAUUGACCAGGAUGGGCUCACCUUGUCCGAGAGAACGCUCUACCUGGGCCAGGAUGACGAAAGCGAAAAGAUCUUGGCCGCGUAUGGCGUAUUCAUGGAGCGCCUCUUGAAUCUGCUGGGUGCCGAAAACGUGGAACAGAAAGCCAAGGAGAUUCUCCAGCUGGAGCAGAGGCUGGCCAAUAUUACAAUCUCCGAGUACGAUGACCUGCGGAGAGAUAUCAACUCCAUGUAUAAUAAAGUCACUCUGGGAGAACUGCAGCGCAUCACACCCAACUUAAAAUGGAAGCGUCUUCUGGACAGAAUCUUCCACGAGCGUUUUUCGGAAGAUGAAGAGGUGGUGCUCUUAGCCACCGAUUACAUGCAGCAGGUCUCGGAGAUCAUCCAAACGACGCCGAUCAGGAUCCUUCACAACUACAUGCUCUGGCGCAUUGCGGUGGUGCUGAGUGAGCAUCUUUCCACCCCGUUCCGGGACGCCAUCCAUGAGUUUGCCAAGGAGAUGGAGGGGGCCGAGAGGCCGAUGGAGCUGGCCAAGAGUUGCUUGAGUCAAGCCAACAAGCACUUUGGAAUGGCCUUGGGGGCCCUGUUUGUGGAAGAAUACUUCUCCUCCACCAGCAAGGCCAAGGUGCAACAGCUAGUGGAAGAUAUCAAGCACAUCCUUGACCGGCGACUCGAAGAACUGGAAUGGAUGGAUGAGGAAACCCAACGAGCGGCCCGAGCGAAGUUGAAGCACAUGAUGGUGAUGAUCGGAUAUCCGGACUUCCUUCUCAACCCCAGAGCCGUGGACAAGGAAUAUGAGUUCGAAGUCCACCAGAAAACCUAUUUCAAGAACAUCCUCAACAGCAUCCGGUUCAACAUCAAGCUGUCGGUGAAGAAGAUCCGUCAGGAAGUGGACAAGUCAGCAUGGCUGUUACCACCUCAAGCCCUCAACGCUUAUUACCUUCCUAACAAGAAUCAGAUGGGUACGGUGAAGUUUGGCAUGUUUGUUAACUGUGUAUGGUGUAGAACAGGGGCAUCGAACUCGAUUUCAUCAAACUGA